CUAAAAUUAUUUUUGUGCCAAUGCUUCUACAAUUUAUCUUAAAUGCAGUUGAUUGUACUGUUGAAUAGAAAAGAAUAGAUACAGUAUUUAGUGUCAUUCUUUUUAAAAAACAAAACAAAAAAAGGAUCAACAAUUUAUAUAAACAUAAAGGAUAUGAAUACAAAAUUAACAAUGUACGAUAGAAGAGUAUUUUUAAGAUACCAGCAUGUUUUUUAUUUUUAAUUCACAUGCAAUUAUUACUUUUUGCCUAAGGGUUUGUGAGAAUAACACUGAUGGCUUCAGAAUGAGAAAUGUUAAAAUACGCUUUUACGUUGGCGCCAUCCAGUGGCCACUUUGGAUAAUUGCAAUACUGUCGCUGCUGGUAAAUUUUGAGAAAUAAAAAAUAUGCCCUUCACAACGGCAAGGCGUUACAAUUUUGUUUUAAUUGUGUUACAUUUUAUAACAGUAAAACAGUAGUUAUAAAUAAUGAGUGCUUUUGUUUUUGACUCUUUUCAUAAAUUGACAUCUUUCUAUAAAUAGUUUGUUUAUUGACCGUGCUGGUGUAACACACUGUUAUAUUCUCAUUGGCCCGCUGAGAAGCCCUGAGCACUUGCAGUUCUCUCUUUCCCUUGUGGCUCUCACAGAUAAGUGUUUGAUGCUUGGAGUUCAUCUGACACCUCCACUUACAGCAGAAUAACUGUGUCACUGAGAUAACACACGUGAUAUUUUAGUCCUACGGGAAAGCUUUUGAGUCUUUGAGCUAAACCUCUCUGUGACUUCAUCCACACGUCAUUUUUACUGUAUAUGCUCAUGACAAAUCAUUAUUAAAACCAUAGUGCUUAUGUAGUUUAACACACAUACUGAUUAAAUGAAUACCUUGUAUUUAAGUGGGACCCUCCCUUAUGAAUAUUUACCAUGGUUUUAGUACAGUUAAAAUUGAAAAACCAUGGUUUUACUACAGUCAAAACCAAAACAACAUGGUUACUGUAGUAAAACAAUGGUUUUCACAAAAUAACAAUGGUUUUGACAACCAUGUUUUUUGUUAAAACCAUAGUAAACAAUGGCUACUGUAGUAAAACCAUGAUUUUUCCCUAAGUAAUCAAUGCACCUAAAAAACACGGUUACUACACUUGUACCACAAAAAAAACCAUGGUUAAUUUUCGUAAGGGCUUUGAACCUUCAACUGUGCCUUCAGUUUCAUUUGGCAAAUUAAAUCUACAUCUGUCCUUAAGUAAAGCAUUUAUUUGACCAAGGAGGGCUUAUUAAUGUUAUUAAUACAUAUUAGACACGUUUAACCCAGAGGAACACAUCCUUUAUGAAAUGCCUAGAGAUUUAAGCUUUAGGUUGUCUAAUGACCAUCUCUAAAGAGAUAUAUUACUCUACUCCGAGUGCCUGAGUGCCGUUUCCAUAGGAACAACAGAUAUGGAGAUGUUGCACCCACACAUGGUUGCAGAAGUGGCGCAGCGCCCUCUGCUGAUGUGUUCUAUUUCGUUUCUUGUUUCUUCCCUGUUCAUGUCUCUCUUUUGAAUAACAGAGCAUGUAGAAAAUGCGCUUGGUGAGAUCAGCGUGUCACCGGCGAGGCGCUGCGUAAAAUGUCCAUCAAACAAAGACGCGUCGCCAUCUAGGUCUCUUUCAGCAGAGCUACCAUGACGAUGCGACUGGCAGACGGCCACAGAGAUGGCCCGAGGACGCAGAAUAAAAGCCGGCAGGACUCCGUGCGCGCUCUGCCGCAGUGGAUGCGCAUGUAUUUCUAUGGCAUGCACGGGAUCACCUUGGACAUCAUACUGUCGUCCGCACUCAGGUUUCUGGAUGAGAAUGACUUGAAACUGUUGGGAUUCUCCUCGCCGUAUCUGUGCGUCGUCCACUCCAUCACGCAUCUGCUUUUGGAGAAGAUCUACCUGCAGAAGAGAUGCUUCCGCGGGAGACCCUUCGCUUUCCAUCUCGUCUUCUAUCCGUCGCUGUACAUCUGCUUGCAGAUUUUAAUCGGGAACGUGGUGACCAGGACGGACAAUUUGCGGGUGGUGUCAGUCACCCAGCUCGUUGUGCAUUACAUCCUUGCUUUGUAUUUUACGAAUAUCUUUCAUAAAGGAUUCAUGCGCCUGCAGUAUCAGAACAACCGGGUGUUAGUGCGGCGGUGCCCGAACGGGUUGUCGGGUGUCCUGCGCUUUGCGUUCUUCGGCAUGCACGGAUUUCUGGACGAGGUGCUCUUCACCUCUGUGUUUAACUUGUUCGAGAAACCACACCGGAGCCUGAGGGGACACACGUCCUUGUGGUCCUUCCUCAUGUAUGGAAGCUGCAGCUUCGUGGUGGAGAAGCUCUACCUCCAUUUGCACUUCAGACGCGGCUGGGGGACCUGGCGGAGGCUGCCCAUCUACAUCAGCUUCGUUUACGCGUGGGAGUUCAGCUGGGGCUUCGCGCUCCGACAGUACGACGCAUGCUCGUGGGACUACUCGCAUUAUCCUCUCAACUUCAUGGGCCUGGUGACGUUGCUCUAUCUGCCUGGGUGGGUUUGUUUGAGUUUGUAUCAGGACGUCUUGUCGAACGUUCUGUUGAGGGUUGUGUGCAAUGAUAAAGACGAGGGGGAGAUGACAGGCUGUGGUGCCAAUGGACAGCUGGUGCCAAAAGACAAGCCUGAGUCAGACAGAAUGUGCCUGUCAUAACCCACUCAGCAAAAGCAGACAUUUCAAUGUUUUAAUUCAGUUGGGGCAUUAGAAAGAAUUUCAGAGAUUUGUCACAUUCAAGUCACUAUGAAUGUAGCUAUUGCGACAAAAAUGCUUCCUGCGAAUAUAAACCUUUAUUAGGCCAAAUCACAUGACUUUAGUUUUAAACAUUAAAAUGUGGUUUUGGCCAAACCACCAAACACUUGGUGAGAGGAACGGCUAGGGAUGUGCUUUUUGAGGACGUUAGAGUUUUCAAGAUGUUUAAAUAAGCAGGGUUUGCUGACACAUGAAUGACUUUUAGCUUGAAUCACAAAAGCAUUGUUCAUAAAAUCAUUCAUUUUACACACAACCUUAUACAGUAGUUUAUGAAAUGUAGUAGUUGUGUCCACUUUCCCCAUGUCCCAAGCCCCGGUCCCCCGAGCUUUUAUGUAAUCUCAAUUAAAUUGCGAGGCCAAAUCAUACUAUUUUUAAAUCACCCCACAUGGAAAAUACUGAAGUUUACUGUAGUAUGUUAGUACACUUUGUUAAUGUAUACUAUAGUGUUCUGUAUUAUUACUUAAUUGAUUAACUGCCGUAAAUACUGUAGUGUUUUAUCUUUUUUACUAUGGUAAGCACUAUAGUAUCUCGGGGUUACGGUAGCAAAUACUACAGUAUACUACAGUAUUUUGUCACGUGGGGUGUUGAAAAUGUAGUCAUACUGACCAAACCAUCAAACAUUUGCUUUGACAGUAAAGUCCAGGGAUGUGCUUUUUAAGAUCCAUGUGGACUUUUAACACUGCCAUGUUUGUUCUCAGAGAGAUUAACAGAAAAAAAACGAAACGGCUGGUUCUCAGGAGAAUAUCAGUACCAGCUUCAAACCCCUCAGAGAAACAACCGUAACUGUGUUAGCAGUUUCACCUUCUGCUUUUAAAUCUAAUGAUGUGCAGUUUGGAGAACUAUCAUGAGAACCGCAGACAGACUGAAGUGUCGUGUCACACAGACAAUAUCACUGCUGGGCAUCAGGAGUCUGGAUUGUGGUUGUUUUGCAUGUGUUGUAACUGCAUGCAUCAGGAUUUUGCAUGUUGAUACAGUGAAGAGAUGUGACUCCGAGCAUUCGUGAGAGCUUUCAUGUGAAGAAACCAACCGAGUGCCUUUAUUUCCCCUUUUAGGCAGCUGGACUUCUGUCAUCUAAAACUGAAGUUUCACAUCUGUAUGAAAACAAGUUCAGACAUAACUCUCAUGAUCAAAAGAAACCUCAGUAUGUAGCUUUUGACUCAUAUUUACAAAGAACUCAAGUUUGAUAUUUACUAUUUUGCAGCUGAUGUUUAUUGGAGAUUAACAAUAGAUUUUGUCUUGCUUAACAUGUUGAGACUUUUAAAUAAGGUCUGUGUUUAUCAAGCACCGCACACUGUGAACAAUAACUGUGAUUUUUGACUAAAUGAAUAUACAGUACUGUAAGUCUUCUGUUUCUCAUACUGUGUGUUUGGCUCUUGUAGAAGAUUAUUCACUUUCCAAAGAUGUUCUUGUUUUAAAAGAGAAACUGCCAAAGCUUCCUCUAGUAUAGUAAAUCUUUAAUUUAAUUGAUACUUUUGGCUUAUAAAUGUAUUGCUUUAAUGUAAACAGUUUGUUUGAAUAUUUCUCGCAUGUCACUGGUUGAUGUAAAGACACUCGGCAGCUAUGGAUGUGUCUGCUCAAAUCCACUUUUUCUCACCCUCCUAUUUUAAGAGAAAAAAACAUUUGAUGAAUAUGGGUUGAUCAUUUUAAAACCAUUUCUUGCCUUGUGAUUAGUGCUACAAAUAGAAUUCAUGUUAUUCUGAUUUAAUGAACAAUAUAUAUUUCAUUUGUGCUCCUUUAAUUUAGACACAUUUCAAACUUCUAUGACAAUAACUUUUGCAUCACGGUGAUUUUGUUUGUCUCAUUCAUUUAUAAAGAUUAAAAACAUGACCGUUCACCUCUUCUGAAUUCUUUGAUGUUAUUUUUUCUGUAUUUAUAUUAGGCCUGUCUACACAUGUACACACAUGCAAACUCAUUGCUCUUGCUAUUGAAUACACAUUCUUGUGUGUUACUGUGAUGACAAACCUCAGUUAUUGAUUGAAUUUAUUAUUUAGAUAGUUCGCCAUAAAUGUUUAUUAGUUUCUAGAUGUUUCUGGAUUUAAAGGGGCAGUUACACAAGAAUAAAAACUCAUCAUUUAUUCCCCCUCACGUGGUUGUGAACUUGUAUGUGACUAUUUCUUCAGAAGAAGAUAUUUUGAGAAAUGUCUCAGUGGUUGUGUGUUCAUACAAUGGGAGUCGGUGGGGUUCAGUGUUGUUUGAUUAUCAACAUUCUUCUGAAAUCUAAAGGAAGUUUGGAGUUCUGCUAACAUUCAUGUGUGGAUUACUGUAUAUCUUAGUUGUUUUUUAGGGAUGGAAUGUUGUCAUGGCGAAAGCGUUCUCCAUUCUCUAAGGUCAUGACAAAAGAGAUUUGGCUGUUACUGAAGGGACUGUGAUUUCCAUUUCAGACGUUAAGAAACAAAACAGCCACCAUCUCAUUUGCAUAGACGUCCCGUGUGAUUUUUUCCUCCCUUUAGACUGUACAGACGUCACAGUGUAGUGUAAGAAACUGAUCGGAUUGUGUCUAUAUUCUUGACAUUA